CCCUAUUUGCCCCAGACAAAAAGGUUGAAGCUUUACGAGUGUGCAUUUACUGUUCUGUUCUCCUGUAGCACCACACUCACUCACACUGACCAUGGGAAACUUGGCAGCCAACGAGGGACUCUCCAUCUUUGUCAUUCUGGUUUGGCUCGGGAUUAACGCCUUCCUCUUCGUCCAUUUCUACAUGGCCUUUCUGGUUGACAAAUGGUUCUACACGCGUGUGCUGCUCGGGCAUGCUCUUUCAUGGGCCCGAGCUCCAGCCGCCUGCCUUAACUUUAACUGCAUGCUCAUCCUGCUUCCCGUCUGCAGGAACCUACUCUCCUUCAUGCGUGGCUCCAUCCAGUUCUGCAGCCGCACAGCCGCUCGGCAGCUGGACCGAAACAUCACUUUCCACAAGCUGGUGGCAUAUAUGAUUGCCUUUCACACAGCUGUGCAUAUCAUUGCACAUUUGUUCAACUUUGAGUAUUUCAUGGAUGCUCAGCUAAACCGCAAUAGCAGCCUUCUGCCCUUCGUACUGUCUGAAUUUGGCAAUGGCGACAACGCGUCCUUUCUCAACCCCAUCAGGUCCAAUGAAACGAACCCAACCAUCGUCAUGUUCACCACCAUCGCUGGUGUGACCGGCGUGGUUAUCACGCUGGCACUCAUUCUCAUCAUCACUUCAUCCAUGGAGGUCAUCCGCCGAUCGUACUUCGAGGUGUUCUGGUACACCCAUCACCUUUUUGUCCUCUUCUUCAUCGGACUGGUAUUCCAUGGCUUUGGGCGGAUUGUGCGAGGACAGACAUCCACCAGUCUGAAAACAAAUAACCCACGAGUCUGUGCAGACCGGUUUGAGGACUGGGGAAGAAAUGGAACAGACUGUGGGGUUCCAGAGUUUGCCGGAAACCCACCAAUGACGUGGAAGUGGAUCGUGGGACCCAUGAUCCUUUACAUAUGUGAGAGGCUUGUUAGAAUCUAUCGAUCUCACCAAAAAGUGGUCAUCACUAAGGUGGUGAUGCAUCCCUCCAAAACUCUGGAGCUGCAGAUGAAGAGGAAAGGUUUCCACAUGGAGGUGGGCCAGUACGUCUUUAUCCAGUGUCCAUCUGUCUCCAGACUGGAGUGGCACCCUUUCACCCUGACCUCAGCCCCAGAGGAGGAUUACUUCAGUGCCCACAUUCGAAUUGUUGGGGACUGGACUCAGGCGUUGUAUGAAGCCUGCGGAGGAGACAAAACUGAACCUCAGGAGGCCUGGAAACUGCCCAAGGUGGCCAUCGACGGGCCAUUUGGCACUGCCAGUGAGGACGUGUUUCGAUACGAGGUGGUCAUGCUGGUGGGGGCGGGAAUUGGUGUCACACCUUUCGCAUCCAUCCUCAAGUCUGUGUGGUACAAACGCAUUCAGAACCAAGAUGUCUUCACCCAAAAGAUCUACUUCUACUGGCUUUGUCCAGAGACACAGGCCUUUGAGUGGUUUGCGGACUUGCUGCAGUCGCUGGAGAGCCAGAUGGCGGCGAAGAGUGUGACAGACUUCCUGAGCUACAACAUCUACCUCACUCGCUGGAAGGAGGCAGAGGCGGCCCACUUCUGGGUGCACCACGAGGCGGAGAAUGACCCAAUCACAGGGCUCAAGCAGAAGACUCUUUAUGGGAAGCCUAACUGGGACACUGAGUUUACCAGCAUUGCAUCCAAGCAUCCUGGAACCAAGGUUGGGGUGUUCCUAUGUGGGCCACCACAGCUGGGCAAGUCGCUGGAGAAACAGUGUUUGUCGCACUCAGAAGCAGAGGUCAAGUUCAUCUUUAACAAAGAAAACUUUUAACAUGCCCAUCGAUACCUGGGUCCAAAGCCUUAGCGAUGUGCUUUGACAUGCCUGUGAAUAUUCUCAUUCAUCCUGGUUGUUAUACGUACUCCCAAGUCAUUAAAUUGAUCUCAACUAGACUGGUUGUCUUAGAAGACGUUUCGCCAUUCAUCCGAGCAGCUACAGCCUGGAGUUGUCCUAUGUAGAGCUGUUCUAUCUAGCACUGGAGCUGAUGAAGCCUUCUCAGAUGAGAUGCUAAACCAGUACAGACAAGUUGCGAUCGAUUCAAUGCCAUGAGAAUGUGCUCCUACAUCGCGUAAAAACCAUUAGCUAGUCAUAGCUUAAAAGUGAUUCAGAACUCGUCUAGGAGAAACUAUGACAAAACUUUUUUUUUUUUUUUUUUUUAAAUCUUAGUGAGCAGGCAGGCAGAGUUGGCCCUGUUGCUUGGUAUGACAUACUUUUAAACACUGAAGAAAAAAAACUCUCUCACACACAUAAAAGCAUUCUUCUAUGUAAAAUAAACUUCAUUAUGGUCUGGCUGUUCCGUUUUGUUAAGGUCAAAUAUGUAAUUGCGCUUCAAACAUUGACAUUAUCACCAACAAAGAUGAUUCCUGCAUAACCUAAUCUGUAGUAUUUUAAAAUUUCUCAUAUGCAGUAAAUGAAGUCUUCUCAUCAUCACUCCUUGCACUUUUCAGGUCUUAAGAUACUUUCUCAAUAGCAUUCAUUUAUCUUUCCGACGAGCAAAUCUUAGAAUUGCUGAGAGUGGCAUCACAAGGAGCUAAUUUUUGCUCGAGGAUUCUUUAAUUAAUUGGGCACAGAAUGGUCCUGACCUUUCUUGAUUUAGAUUUUGAGGAAGCGCAUCUCAAACUCUGACAUCUGCCUUUACCAGAUGUUUUGCAAAUGUGCCAUUGUUGCACAAAAGCAGUGAAAUAAACAGACACGGUACUUUCCACGUUGACAUUGUUCUGCUUUAGCGGUGUAUUCAUCGUUGGUUUCACAACCACGCUUCUGUUUUUCUCAUUCAAUAGCCUCUCUUCCACUCUCUCGGGUCAUUUGUAUCUCACUAGCCAUCAACCACACAAUGUUCAUCUGAAAGCAGGAAAUUUUUCACUUCUUCCUUCUGAGCCAGAUGCACCAGAAUUCACUAAUUUGAUAUAAAGAACAGAUAUGUACACUAUAAAACUGGUAUACUGCCUCGAGCAGCAUCUUGGCGACAUGAGAAGCACACAUGAAUGACCCUUCUAAUGACAUCUGGGGAUUGUGAUUCACAUUGCUUCUCAGUUUUUGUAAUGAACAUUUUUGAAAAUAAAAACAAAUGUUGGUAUGGCUGUGCA